AAACAAAAACCCCACAGAGUUGAAGAACAAAUUAGAAGCUAAAAUUGUGAAGAUGGGUCGAGCUCCAUGCUGUGAUAAAGCCAACGUCAAGAAAGGGCCAUGGUCACCUGAGGAAGAUGCAAAGCUUAGAGCUUAUAUUGAACACUAUGGAACUGGAGGAAACUGGAUUGCUCUGCCCCAAAAAAUUGGGCUCAAGAGAUGUGGAAAAAGCUGCCGAUUGAGAUGGUUGAAUUAUCUGAGGCCUAAUAUCAAGCACGGUGGAUUCUCAGAGGAAGAGGACAACAUCAUUUCUAACCUCUAUAUAAGCAUUGGCAGCAGGUGGUCUGUAAUUGCUGCGCAGCUGCCUGGAAGAACUGAUAACGACAUAAAAAACUACUGGAACACGAGGCUGAAAAAGAAGCUACUUGGAAAACGUAAACAAUCAAAUAACAACAAUGGCAAUUCACCUUCAUCAAGCAGUAAUGAAGACCCCAAAGAGGGUUUGAGUAACUCGGCCUUGGAAAGGCUUCAACUUCAUAUGCAACUUCAGGGCUUUCAGAAUCCACUCUCUUUUUAUACACACCCUCAGCUAUGGCCCAAGCUCCACCCUGUCCAGGAAAAGAUUGUCCACACACUCCUCAACAAUCAAAGCCCUAACUUUCUUAACCCUAAUCUCCAAGCUAGUACUACUACUCAAUUACCACAAGGCCAACCACCCACGGGAGAGGAGUUCUUUAUUCACCCAAAACCUAACCCCGCAAGUCCAGAUCAAGCAUCUGGGUACCAUCAAGUUUCAAACUUCAUGCAAGUGGAUGAACUUCCAGAUGUCAAGGUUGAUGGUUUCAUGGCACAAACAGGACAAAUGGCAGAAUUUGAUUACUUUAAGGAGGUGGGUGGGUCUUCCAAGGACAGCUUGAUCUGGUGGGCUCAGAAUAAUGACCAUGAUAUGAGAUCCGGAUCGAACUCUAAUUCAUGGGAUUCAACUUCUGUUCUUGAAUCGGAAUGGGUGUUUCAAGAUUUUGAGUUAGGGUAUAAUCUUUAGGGGGGAUUAACUUUAGGUGUGUAGGGGUUGAGUGAGAGACUAGUAAGCCCUUGGAUUUCUAUUGCUCAUAACAUGGAUUCGCCUGCAUGUGACAACUUAAGAAUCUGUGUCGUCAAGCUUUGUAUAUUUGUGUGAAUAAUGAAGUUUAGUUUCGGAUUUUCA